GUGUUGUUCGUGCGCCGUUCGGUGCGGGGAUUGCGAAUUAGUCCAUAUUACAUAGUUCUUUAGCAUUAAACGUACAAUUCAACACAGAUUAGCAAUAUGUUGCUGUUCAAUGUGUCCCGUGCAUUAUUUCGUGGAGCCCAGCGGCUCGACGUACACAGGAACAGAGCGGUGCACCGAUGGGUUGCGCCAACGUUACGUGAGCUUCGCCGGCGACGCGAAAAAAUGGGCCCUGAAGCCUUGCAGCCUCGUUCGUCUCACUCCGAUUGGAACUAUAGUGCGGAAAUAUUCGCCUUCGGAAAAAGAUUGCAGGAAAACUUCGAUGCAAAUGUACUGCAGCAGGCAUUUACCCAUCAGUCAUUCAUCGAACAGGAAACUAACAAGCAAACGGCCGUCGGUAUUGAACAACCGGUGCUGGGUGUCAGUGACAACCGGGAACUGAUUACGCAGGGCGAACAGCUCGUCUCGGACUAUGUAGAAGCUUUCCUGCUGACGACACUGCCCAAACUUCCACGGCAAUUUGUGGCUGCCAUCCGAGACAACCUAACCAGCGAAUCACAACUAGCACACAUUUCAUCGCACCUGGGAACCAAGGACAUUAUUAUGGCUGCAGAAUUUCCCGUCGGAGAGACGCUGUUAGCUUCCACCUUGAAGGCCAUUGUUGCCGCACUGCAUCGAUCUUCCGGUGAAGAACGUUGUUUUCUGUUUGUACGCGAUUUCAUCUGCAGUGUCCUAAAUCAACGGAACGUCUUCGAAUAUCUGGACAUAGACGAUCCCCUUUCUAUGCUUCGAGAGUACUGCAAGGAAAAGAAUCUUGCCGAUCCUGAACCGAGGCUCAUAGGAACUCUCGGAAAGAACACUCUUCUGGCUGCGUACAAUGUCGGCAUUUACAGCAACCGUAAGCUGCUUGGCACGGGCUACGGUGAGAGCCAAAACGUCGCAAUCGAAGAAGCGGCACGGGACUGUCUGAGAAAGCUGUUCGGGACCGAGCUUUACAUGAAACCGAUUGACUUUAAUCUUGGACUUUCGGAUUGUAUCCAACAUAUGUCGCGUAGCAGCAGUAAAAAGAAGCUCGAAAGUCGUUAAAACAAUUUAUAAAAAUGCCUCCGAGCAAAGUUUCUUCACCCGGUGAGAGUUUAUUCAAUAUGUAUAAAAACCGAAUAAAUUAGUCCAUAGUUUGAUAA